AUGAGCUCUGCCCGCGCUAUCGAGUCCAACAACAUAGGCAAUGAUGCCCGAAUUCACCAAGGAGAUGUAAUCCACAAUUAUGCCAAUGCCCCUCGCGAACCUUGUGUCCUGAUCCCUUUUUUCCGCAAUGAGGGCCUUAUCCUUCGUCAGGACAUUAUUAGUGAGCUGGAUAGAAUCCUGCCGCUAUCCGACGACUACUCUACCGCCGCCCUCUAUGGACUUGGCGGCUCAGGCAAAACUCAGAUUGCCCUUGAUUUUGCCUAUCGCCGGUGCCAAGUCCCCUCCUGCUCCGUGUACUGGGUCCAUGCCGACAACGAGACGACUUUCACCCAAGACUUCAAGUCAAUCGCAAAGAGGUUGGGUGUCUCAGGCAAUCUCGUUGGCGAGGAUCUCUUGAUGGCCGUGCGUUAUCGCAUUGAGAUGAACCCUCCCUGGGCGCUUAUUCUAGAUAACGCGGAUGACUUAAGGCUCUUUGGGGUCAGCAAUACUACACAAGAUGCUUUAAAUCUAGAAGAACGGGUAUUGAGCCUAGACAAAUUCAUUCCACGAGGUCCAAGGGGCCAAGUUCUUUGGACAAGCCGCGACGAGCGCAUCGAUGGAGGUCUCGUUGCUGCCGGAAGAGCAAUUAAAGUCUCAAAAAUGACUCCGACUGAGGCGAGAGCGCUGUUCAACAGUUUGAGAAAUAAUCGCGUGGAUGGAAAUGAGGCGAAAGAUAUUGCAGAACUUCUUGCCGAACUUGACUGGCUACCACUCGCUAUAUCGCAAGCUGCAGCAUAUAUGAAGAGGACCUUGAUAACUGUUGAGGAAUACAUGUCGAAAUUGAAAGAUGGGAAAAAAAGGUGGAGGAUUCUAAAGCAAUCACAAACCGACCGUCAUCGGCGACGAGAGGUGUCAAACAGUAUUUUAGAGACCUGGAACAUUUCAAUGCAACUUCUUCGGAUUGAAAACAAAAGAGCACAUCAGGUUUUGCACAUACACGCCUUUUUAGACAACCAAAACAUCCCUGUUGAGUUGAUCAGGCAGGCAGCACUGUACACCGUCAAUAGAAAUAAGGUGGAUCGUGCUCACGAAGAACAGGAUGAUGAUUCGUCAUCAGACUGUGAUAGUGAUGGCGAUAAAACUAAUGAGGCCAUCGCCCGUCUCCGCGACUUUUCAUUUUUAAGCACGCAAGCUGCUGGAGAUGGAAAUCGCUCUUACAAGAUGCACAAGUUGGUGCAAGAAGCGAUGCGGUAUGGGCUGGGGAGAAAAGAACGAAAGGAGGAAGAAAAGUAUUUCUCGGCUGCUGCGCUUGAGAUUACUUCCAGUCUCUUCCCGUCUAGUAGACCAGAGACAUGGAACGAAUGCGAGAAGUACAUCACACACGCACAGCAGGCAUGUGAGUGGGCUACACUCUGUGGAAGAGAGUUGGAAGCCUCAAAUUUAUUAUUCAGGCUAGGGAGGUAUCUACACCAGCGCGGAAGAUGGAGAGAGUGUGAGAUUCCGGCAGAAGAAAUGGAAGUCAAUGCACUUAGACUUCGAGAAGAGAUCCAAGGCAAAACACAUCAUGCUACGAUCAGUUCUAAGGCAGAACUUGCCAUUACAAAUUUUGCAAUGAGCAAGUCUGAAGAGGCCGGGAAAACAAUGGAAGAAGUAUUAGCAAUACAGCGGGAGGCUUUUGGCAAUAAGGAUCCCAAAACAAUGCUAAGCAUGACACGUCUUGCACUAAUAUAUUUCGCACAAAGCAGAUAUAAGGAAGCAGAAGGAAUAAUAGUGGAGGCACUAACAUUACAGCAUGAGAUUCUCGGACAUAAGCAUCCUGAUACAAUUCUAAGUAAUGAAUAUCUUGGACAUAUAUAUAGUGCACUUAACCGGCAUAAAGAGGCAGAGGAACUACUGGUAAAAGCGUUAGCACUACGGCAGGAAGUUCUUGGCGACAAUCAUCCUUAUACAAUUUUGGCUAUGUCAAAUCUUGGAGAUAAAUAUCAUCAAACUGGCAAAUACAAAGAAGCAGAGGGGAUGAAGGCAAAAGCACUGGCACUACGGCGGGAGAUUUUUGGCACAAGUCUUAACCGAACUCGCCGCGCAAUAGAGAUGGAAGGACAUACAGAGAGAGUAACGUAG